GGCAAUGGCGCGGCGGCUAGGAUGGUGUCGCGACGCCUCGCGUCAACGUUGCUGAGACCGUCGACGUCGCAGGCAACAGUGGUGGCCAACGCAUCGCGUCAGCGCGGUAUCCGCCAUAUUGGCCGCGAGGAACCUGUUUAAACUACGCGAGGAAGAGAGAGAUAGAAAGAGAGAGAGGCAGAGAAAGAGAGAGAGAGAGAGAAAGGCUGCUCUCUUACGAUCCUUCGUCCGAGAUCCGGCCGUGGGGGUGAGAAACGAGGGCGUGUAGCAUAUAGAAGAGCGUGUGUGUGCUAGCGCGAUUCUAAGUGUGUGCUCGACAAGGGAAACGAAGAAGGUGGUCGGUGGUGGUGGAGGAAGAGGGCAAUCGCGUCGUGGGACACGCCGAGAUACGCCUCGAACGUUUUCCACCACGCCGCACGGUGAAACAGGGUGAAAGACGGCCCGGCCCGUUGGAACAUAGAGAGGGAAAAGGAAGAAGAAGAGAGAGGCUGCAAGGAAGUGUACACUCCGGUGACAGUGGCUAGGAAAGUGUCAGCGCAAAAAGUGUCCCGUGCUUCGAGCCGGAUCGGUGGCUACGAUCGUAGUACCACCCUUGGCCUACACCCCAUCGCUCCAAGCAACUCGAUGACCCUGUUCUGUUUUUUUUUUAUUUCCGACGAACUUGCGCCAUCGAUCACCGAUCGCGACUGAUCGUUGAACGACGUGUAAUAUAAUCGAUGCAUAUUGCACACGUUGAUAACUCGGGACGGCCAGUAUAAAAUUCUUUCCAUGCGACCUCGUGUAUAAACAAGAGCACGCGUUCGCGGGGUUCAGUAACAUCGUUCGUUCAGCAGCUACCACUCGAUUCGAUCGACAGAACCGACCCAUCACAUUCGUAUUUCGUGUUCGCGAUCACGUACGAUCGUCGAUCGUCGAGAGUGUAUUCGACAGGAGGGAGAGAGGAUCAAAUUGGAGAAAAACGUUCUGGGUAGUUCCGGUAGAAACGACGCGGCUCGCGAGAAACUCGAGGCGCAACGUAAGCGGGUUAGCUGGUCGGUGUCCAGCGUGACAGCGCCGUGGGCUUGUCUCUCCCUCUGGUCUCGACUUCUGCCAAUCAAUAACCAGCGCACCGACUCGUUCACGCUCUACUCUCUGCCUUCCUCUCCCUUCUCUCUCUCUCUUCCUCUUUUUCUCUCUCUAUCUCUCUCUUGUCCUAUCCGUUUCCCUCGUUACCGUUCACCGUUCAAACUUCCCUCUCUGUCUCCCCCAGCUCACUCGAUACGCUUGAAUGACAAACGCAAGCCCGAUAGCAAGUGGAAUCGAAAGGGUUUAAAAGAAUUGCCCGGAUGAAUUGAGAGGCUCGUGUUUGCUCGGCGAUGCCUUUCCGUUUCUCUCUUCCGCCCGAUUCGCGCCGUUCUCCUCUGUCCCUGCGCACUCCGAUCGCGUCGAGCGUUUCUUCUCCCCUCGCUUCCACUUGCUGCUAGCUUUCGCCGCCCUUUCAGCGGCUACAAACACGAAACUCUCCGUAUCCAUCCUUUACUAUCCUUCUUGAUAACGAUACACGGUGAGCAGAAGCAACAACAGGCUGUGCGUGUUUUGGGACGAGAGGACGAGCACGAGGACGGCAACUUGCGACGAUACGAGAGCAGAGGCAACGCGUCGCGACGAAACGGAACAGCCAGAGGCGGCGGUAGCGGCGCUCUAGCUGCUGGCGGCGCCAGCGCCCUGCACGCAGCACCUUCAAACAGAGCCACGAAACCUAUUUAUACUCCGUCAACGUAGCGGACGACGCGACGUAGCGAGAACAGCGCCGUAUUCUGGCCGCCCACGCGAGCAACAGCCCGAACGAACCGCGUCGUGAGCUGCACGACCACGAACCUCGAGAGGAGCAACAGCCAGCAGAGAAGACACCAUCCUACUCUCUCGUCCCCGGUCUACGUGUUGCUGCUCGUUACUAAAUAUUCGCCAUAAUAGUUCACCGCCGCCGUCGUCGUCGUAUCGAAUCGUCGUGCCGAACCGUGGCUGGAGGACGUAUCAUAGUUAACCGGUGGAGCGACUCGGCGGAAUUCGUGAAACGCUCGUCAUCCAUCCAUCCAUCCAUCCAUCCCGACGUGCACACUCCUGCUUCCCAACGAUUCGAAAUUAGAAUCGCUCUACUGGUUGGCCGAUAGAGAUUGAGAGAAAAUAGAGGUUCGCUGGUCGUCGUGGUAGUGUCGAUGGAUAGCGACGAAAUCCUCAUUGGACAGGAUCAACGACAGUGGAGUCUGGCUAGCGGCACGGCCACCGGAGCCCACCCAUAGGUGACGCCAUUGAGAGUCUAUCUUUCCCUUGGCGUGUGAUCGACCGUCGCGCAUCCGCCUUCCCUUCUCGCGUCGUGUGCCGAUCUGCGCGCUCUACACCACCGCGGCGGUUGCUCUCCUGUCGCCGGAGCUGCUCCGCUCGCUGGAUGGGGUUGGGUGUCGUCGUGGUGUCGCCUUGCUGUUGGGUGUCGUUGAACGCGUCUCGCUGGUGAUCGUGUUGCCGGCGAACGAGUGGAAGAAGAAGAAGAAGAAGAGGAGGAGGAAGAGGAAGCUCUGUUUAGGGAGCUUUUCAAGGCUGGACGAGCCAGCGGGCGGGAAAUGGCCGGUGGUGUACUGUUAUAAUGCUUGAGGACGAUCCGCUGGCUGGACCAAGGCGCGCCGAUUCGUUGACCGAUCGUUGUUGCUCAAACACCGACGUUGCUACCGACUUCGUUGAGAUCAACGUUGAUAGCGUCGUGGAGAACAUCGUCGAGGGAGUCGGUCGCGAACAGACUACGAAGAAGAGCACAGUGACGAAGGGGCGGCUCGCGUAGCCCAAGAGCAUCGUUGUGCGUGUGGUGCGUGGUGCGCGUAUGUGUCCGUCCGUGAGUGAGUGGCACGAGUGAAAAAGGUUGAGGCGAUCGUAACAUACGUGACGAGGGCUGCGAAGAGCGCGUGCUGGGAGCAUGCAGGGUUCGGGCGAGGCCCGAAGAGGCCUUAGUCCCGCGGGUGGACCGGGAUAAGGUUUAGCGAUACGAUUCACGAGUACCGCACCGGAAGUGACGAAGAGGAUAACGAAGUUCGGAUUAAACGGCUGCUUGGUCGCGUUCGCUCGACCAAGUGAACGUCCUUAAGCUGAGAUCGCAGGGACGCGGGAAGCGAGCUGGACUCGCUUUCGGGCGCAUGGAACAUGAUAGAGAUGUCGAGCGGAAUCGGUGCAACUGCAAUGGGGAUCGACGUUAGUCACGGGGCAGGGGGUGGCGAGAGUGUCGCCGGUGGCUGCCGGCUCCGCGCGCAGAGCCAAAGCCAGGCGAGCGGAUCGUCGGGCAACUCGCAGCAGUCCUCGCAGCAGCAGCAACAGCAGCAACAACAGCAGCCACCCUCGUCGCAGCAGCCGCAGCAGCAACAGCAACGCCAGUCAUCCGGAAUCAUGGGCCGCUUGAAGAAGGACAACUGUUGCCUGUGCUGGUGCUGGUGUUGUAGUUGCUCGUGGCAUAAUUGUUUGUCGGCGUUGAGGGGAAAUUCGGCAGGCGCAGGAGGCGCGAUCGAUCAGGGGAAGAAGAAAGGGAACUCGGGUGUGGAACACAGCGAAUUGUGCGACACGGGGAACGGACUCGACGGCUUGGAUGGUCUCGAUGGAAACGUGGAGUGCAGCCUGGAGGAGAUCAGAUCGUGGGGUUCGUCCUUCGAUAAACUGAUGAGGAGCGACGCGGGCCGUAAAUUCUUCAGGGAGUUCCUCCUCAGCGAGUACAGCGAAGAGAACAUCGCGUUCUGGCUCGCUUGCGAGCAACUGAAACACGAGAGCAAUUCCGAGAAGAUCGAAGAGAACGCACGCUACAUCUACGAUCGUUACAUAUCCACGGUCUCGGAGAAAGAGGUAAGCCUGGACUCGCGAGUGCGCGAAAUAGUGAACCGUAACAUGGUGCAGCCAACGCCGAACACCUUCGACGAGGCCCAGCUGCAGAUCUACACCUUGAUGCACCGGGACUCGUAUCCCCGUUUCGUGAACAGCGAGAUCUAUCGACGGGCGGCGAGACUGAGCAGUGGAACGACGGGAUCGAGCAAUCAGGAACACGGCAACACGGCUAAGUCGAAGGGGAAGAGGUCCACCACGUAAUCGCUCGUUCAACGACCAAAAAAAAAAAAAAGGACGAUGGGGUGGCAGCGGACCAACAGCCUCCGUCUCUCAGUAGGUAGCCCCGAGGCGACAUUGGGGACGCCGCGACGCUGUCAACGCUGGCCGAUGACGACGAAAGCCGGAGGACAUCGGCAUGAAAACAACAAGGAAUAGUAUCAGCUCUAAGGUGUCGCGCCUCGAUGAAUCUCUCUGCCCUCGUCAUAAAGCGAACAAAGAAAAGAAAGAAAACGAAAAAAAAAAAUAAAGUAAAAUAAAAUAAAAUAAAAUAAAAUAGAAUAAAAUAAAAAUCGAGAUCUCAAGCGUGUGGAGAUUUUGAAGAUUUUCUCCUCUUGUCGGAGAAUACAGGAGAAAGAGGAAAUAAAAAGUUUUCCGAAGCGAAACUCGCGACUCGCUCUUCCACGCGAUGCCACAUCGGGGCCAACGUGCACGAACUUGACGAUGGACUGAACUAAAUAAAUAAAAGUAACUAGAUGAAGAGGAACGACGAAAAAUUGAAAAGAAAGGAGCAAGGACUAGGAUGAAAAGAGAAGAGAAAGGAAAGAGCAGCAUAAAAGAAUCGCAUAUACGUCGCGUUGAUCCAUUGACUCUUUCUUCCAAAAUACUAUGGACACACGCUCGUUCACGCGUGACACACGAGUAUAGAUCGAAGAAUCGAAAACACAGAGACAUAUACACACGCGGGUCGGUCGCGGAUGACGUUCAUCUUUCAAGGAAGUUCCUAAUUUCCAUCGUCUUUCGCGAUUGAUCAUCGCCGAUGAUCUCUCUCUUUCUCCCCCUCCCCCAUACACAAACAUAACCAUAACCACCCCAACCCCUCGCUCGAUAACGAAUCAGUCGUGUUUUUCUCUGUCUCUCCCCGCUUUCGAGCUCUCUUCUUUCUUUUUUCUCUCUUCUUUUGUACCAUGGUUUUUCUUCGUCCCCUCGUUUCAACCCGUCUCUCUUUCUCGCUCUAUUCAGUCGAACUUCUUUCAUCGCACGAGUUGGGGAAGAUCUCGAGAUUCGAGGAAUUUCCUGCGAUAGAAUCGUUUGGAACUUGGGUCGCGAUGAUUAUGUUCUCAUAUUUCGUUAGGAUGAUGGAGUCAUUCAAAAUAUCAGGAUCCUGCACGAUAAUGAUAUUAGCGAAUUUUCACAAGUCACAAUUUUUAGGUCGUAGACAAAUUUUAUGGUAUCACGUCGAGAUGAUUUGUAAUUUGUAAAAUUCUAAGUGUUCUUAUUGCCAAGCCUACAUUUGCACAAGACUUAAAAUUUAAAAUUUAAAAUUUAAAAUUAAAACAAGACACAAUUUAAAAUUGCACAAGACUUACAAUGACCCGAGUUCUCGCAGCACAGAGGGGUCUGCAUGUUCCAAGAGACGCGCGAAGAAAUGAAAAUCGCCGAAGCAAUAUCCAUCGCUGAAAACGGUCGUCGUUAAUAGAAUCGAUUAUUGGAUACUUAGAAUCCCCCAAAAUAUCGACGAAAGCGUAGCGAAACGCGGAAUAUUCCGUGACGAGGCUCCCAUUAAAAGAAGACACUCUUUUCUGAAUGUCUUCUUGACGAUGAAACGGAUCUCUGUUAAUAGAAGCAGAGAUUAUUUUCAUAGAAAAAGGAGUAACAUUUCGUCUGGUCUUAGGGUGCCCUCAGACGAUCAAUAAUGUCAAUAUUUCAAGAUUCUCAACAUCAUUGCGGCUUGUCAAUAAAUAUUGAUGAUAUCAUCAAUGAUGACGUAUCGUCAAUAUUUAUUGCGACAAACCGUAUUUUCUCGUAUGUUCAAUAUUUAUUGACGAUAUCUAUCAAUCGUCCGAGGAUCUCUUUAUACGUACAAUGAAAUCGAGAGCCUUGAAUAUUGACAAUAAAUAUAUACAUAUAUAUAUAUACAUAUUGCACGUUUGAUGGCAUCCUCACUUGUAAUCUGACAGACGAACUCGAAGAUCGGCGACGUACGGUUCGUCUCGUCACAAAUCGCGAUUUCUGUAACGGGACCAUGAACAGAUCGAAGUAAUUUAUUAGCAAAUAAAUGGUAAAUGGGCCUCGUUCGUGGAAUACUCGUUCGAUGAUAAGUAUGUCGUUCGAUUGUAGAAUACCAGGUCAAAGAAUAUCAAAGAGCAUUAGCAUAAUUCAAUUACGUAGGCGUUGUGAAGUAUUUUAUUACCAUCGCACUAGCGUCGUAGAAAUGUAAGCAGGUUCGCGAAUUUGUUUGUCAAAUUCAUGUACUCGAUCUUGAAUCGCUAAUCCAACGAACCCUCGACACUAUUCUCCGGACGUUCUUCUUCGUUUAAUCGACGUUUCUUUAAACAUGCCGCGUUGCAUCGGCGAUUCAAGAUCGACCCAGAGGCUACACGCCUCGACAAUCCGAUUGCUAAUUGAAAUUUAAUUAAUUCAGCCUCUUGCAUUCCGACAUCCCUUUGACUUUCUCCGUUUUGCUUCAAUAUCUUCCAGCAACAAACGACAACUCUGUAAAGAACUUCGUUUGAAAAAGGUUAGAGAAUACACAGAUACCAUUUUUAUUAUCGAAUACGCAUCGGAACAUAGCCAAAGGUUAACCAAAUCAAUCGAUCGAAUCGCAUCGUGCGCAAGUAGAAAAUUUCUUCUUUGGAAGGAUGCAAAAGACGAAGAAGAGAGAAGAAGAAAGAGAUCCUCGACGAUCUUUCCUCAUCGACGCCUGCCACAUUGCAAACCUGGAAGCCGUUUCACUUCUAUUUUCGCGUGGACCGUACAUCAAGGUGGCCUCCAUCCUAAUGAACAAAGCAGCUCAUCGUCCCCGAACAGCGUACACAAAGUUACUGCCAGCGAGACACACCGUGGAUCGAACACGCCUCACGUAGAUGACCAAGAAAGAAAAGAAACGAAGACUAAAAAUGAUGCACGAUCUAGUCAGAAUUGCUUGAAGACGAUGGCGUGGAUGAAAGAAAAAGGCCUAAGCGAGAAAGUUUUCAAUUUGGACCGCGAGUUCGAACUGACAUUUGGAAUAUCGUUCGUCAUACUGUCAUUCUUCGUCUCCUAUCGUUGCACAAAGUUAUCGUCCUUGUUAAUAUAAUUUCGAUACUUUAUCGACGAGGGAAUGCAACGGAUACCUUUCGUUUUUCUGUUUCUUUUUUUUUCUUUUUACAAAGAUGGCGAAUGAUCGAAGAAGUUGGAACGCGACACGAUAUCUUCAAUUCUUGCGCGAGACGUUCAAGCUCGCUCGGAGAUUGUUCGAUGCUGUGUAAACGACCAACAAAUUUUUUUUUACACCCCCGAUUCAUUAUCGAAGGUACUUAAUCGAUGUUUAAAGGUUGUUACUUUACGCGGUCGAACGUUCGACAAGUUGAUCUCAUCACGAUGGAUCUCACAGCAGCGCGCUCGAAAGGAGGAAAAGAUAAGAGUAAAAUAAAGAAAACGAAGAAUGAGUGUGGAACUGCGAAAGCGGAAACGAACCGAAUUUAAGCGUGCCUCGGACGAGACACGCGCUCCAAUACAAGCACACGAAUAAACACGUGACCAGGAUUCCACGUCGCUCUCGUGAACCGCACAAUUUUACCCAUCCAACGACCACGAGUAAAAAUAAAACCGAUGGACACCUGAACUGACCUUGCAAACCAAAAGAAACAACAACAAAACGUAAGCACUAAAAAAAAAGCGAAAAAAGUAAAAAACGAUUAAAAAUCUGAGUCUACAGUACUUUAUAUCGACACUUUCAUUUGAUACUACCAUUUUUUUCUUGUUCCACAAAUUUUCUAUAAUCUUUCCUUCCCCGUGAUAAUGACAUAGGGUUGAAAUACGCCCCUGGCCACGUGGCUGCGCCAAGAAUAAAAAGAGAAAAAAGAAAAGAAAAAGAGAAAAAUCGCUCGCUCGAAACUCGUCGAUCAGCGACGCUUAGGGGAAAGACGCGCGAAAUCGUCGCGAGCCGAUUGCACAGGAAAAAAAGCAGAGAAUAAAAAAAGCAAAGAGUGAAAAAUACUAAAAAAGUUCGCGCAGUCAGUCACAGCGGUUGGCUACUAUCUCGUAGAAUAUAUCUUACAUAGUAAACCCAAAGACGAAGAAAGGAGAAUAAAACUAAUUAUACGUGCGAAUAUAUGAAUAUACAUAAUAUAUAUAUAUGAAUAUAAAAGGAAUCCAAAACAAGAAUAUAUAUAUAUAUAUUAUAAAUAUAUAUGAAAUUUCACCUACACAUAAACAAAUACACACACGUGCGCGUGCGCGCGCACAAACAUACACACUCAUGUGCUACAUAUGUUCGGCAUUAUAAAUAUGGUGGCAGGGUGCGAAUCGCGCGCACGAGGAGGAGAGAAAGGGCGGGAGAGAGUGGGAGGGAGUGAGCGUAAAGGUGAGAAAGAGAGACAAAUAUCGGACGAUUUUUUCAUUCUUCCGUAUUCCAGUUCCAUGCGAGAAGACAUCAUUCGCGAUCGAGCAUUUCACAGGUAGAAGUAAACGCUUUACAACCCCCGUGUCGUUGUUUCCGACCCUCCGACUGAUCGAUCAAAUAACGACGAAAGGGUUCACCCUUUCUCCUCCCAUUAACCACUAUCGUUUCACGUGUGAUCUCAUUUAAACAAAUCUCUAAAACGAGAACAAACGUAAGCUUCGUUCAUUAUCGAAGAAGAGAACGAUUAUGGUGGACAGAAACUGAUUUUUAUAUAUGACCAUAUCCAAUCAUUUCCACCUCGCCCCUGUUCAGUCUUGAAACGAUAUUGACGUAUGCACGACGUAUAUGACGAUGAAGUAUGAAGGAGAAGGCGACUUUUACCGGAAGCAACGAGACACGAAGCGAUUCUUAACGAAACCAUUUCCCUCUGGAAACGGGGAUGGAAAAGAAUGACGCGGGGGUUGGUGUGCGUGAAGACGGGGCAAGAAACGAGAAACGCCGGUGGAGAAAGAAGUGAAUUACGGUGAAAUUGGACGAGCGUCAUCUUCUCUAAUAAACGCACAAUUUUUCUGAACCUUCGA